AGGGUGGCCAGGGCGGACCCGCGGGGCGGGCGAGAGGGCGGACCUUUGGCCGGGCCCCCGCCCCGCCUUCCAGCCCCGCCCGCCGGGCUGCAGAGGGAGGCGGCGGCGGCUCUGGGCGCCGGGAGUCGGCGGGCGGCGAGGAGCGCGGAGCCGGAGCUGGACGCCGCCGCCGCCACCGCCACCACCACCUGCGCGGCCGUCAUCAAGAUGUCAUGGCACCCCCAGUACCGGAGCUCCAAGUUCCGUCAUGUCUUUGGCAAACCAGCCAGCAAGGAGAACUGCUAUGACUCCGUGCCUAUCACCCGCAGCGUUCACGACAACCACUUCUGUGCCGUCAACCCCCACUUCAUUGCAGUUGUGACUGAGUGUGCUGGUGGAGGGGCCUUCCUCGUCAUCCCCCUGCACCAGACAGGGAAGUUGGACCCCCACUACCCAAAGGUCUGCGGGCACAGAGGGAACGUUCUGGACGUCAAGUGGAACCCUUUUGAUGAUUUUGAGAUCGCCUCCUGUUCUGAAGACGCCACAAUUAAGAUCUGGAGCAUCCCCAAGCAGCUGCUGACCAAGAACCUCACGGCCUGCAGGAAGGAGCUCGUGGGCCACGCACGCAGAGUGGGCCUGGUGGAGUGGCACCCCACGGCCGCCGACAUCCUCUUCAGUGCCGGCUAUGACUACAAGGUGAUGAUCUGGAACCUGGAUACAAAGGAGUCUGUCAUCACAAGCCCCAUGAGGACAAUUAGCUGUCACCAAGAUGUGAUCCUCUCCAUGUCCUUCAACACCAACGGCAGCCUGCUGGCCACCACCUGCAAAGACCGCAAGAUUCGGGUUAUCGACCCCCGAGCAGGCACCGUCCUCCAGGAGGCCAACUACAAAGGGCACCGGGCCAGCAAGGUGCUGUUUCUGGGGAAUCUGAAGAAGCUGAUGUCCACGGGCACAUCCCGAUGGAACAACCGGCAGGUGGCCCUGUGGGACCAGGAUGACCUCUCUGUGCCUCUCUUGGAGGAGGACCUGGACGGCUCCUCGGGCGUGCUGUUUCCCUUCUAUGACGCGGACACCAGCAUGCUCUACGUGGUGGGGAAGGGAGAUGGCAACAUUCGCUACUACGAGGUGAGCGCCGACAAGCCUCACCUGAGCUACCUGACUGAGUACCGCUCCUAUAACCCACAGAAGGGGAUCGGUGUCAUGCCAAAGAGAGGACUUGACGUGUCCUCCUGCGAGAUCUUCCGCUUCUACAAGCUGAUCACAACCAAAAGCCUCAUCGAGCCCAUCUCCAUGAUUGUGCCCCGGCGGUCGGAAUCCUACCAAGAGGACAUAUACCCUCCAACAGCAGGGGCCCAGCCCUCCCUGACGGCCCAGGAGUGGCUCAGCGGGAUGAAUCAAGACCCAAUCCUGGUGUCACUUAGGCCUGGCUCUGAGCUGCUGAGACCCCACCCACUGCCUGCAGAGAGACCUGUCUUCCAUUCCAUGGCCCCAGCCUCACCCCGGCUCUUGAACCAGGCAGAAAAGCUGGCUGCAGAAGAUGGCUGGAGGUCUUCCUCCCUGUUGGAGGAGAAGACGCCAAGAUGGGCAGCAGAGCACAGGCUGGAGGAGAAGAAAUCCUGGCUGACAAAUGGCUUUGAUGUUUUCGAAUGCCCCCCACCAAAGACAGAAAACGAGUUACUGCAGAUGUUCUACCGACAACAGGAGGAGAUCCGAAGGCUCCGGGAGCUGUUGACCCAGCGAGAGGUCCAGGCCAAACAGUUGGAACUGGAGAUCAAAAACUUGCGGAUGGGCUCAGAGCAGCUCUGAGCAGAGACUUCUGCCCUCCUCACCCUCAGGGACACCACUCGGCUCCGUGGGGAGGUUUAGAACCAAACCACAGGUCCCCCUAAGAACAACCACUAUUUCUAUAUUUUUUACCAGAAAACAAAACUCUCCAUCGCUGAAAGAGAUUCCAGUGGGACAUGGUGCCGUUUUUCUAUUUGCCUUCUUGCAGCAACAGUUUCUGAAUUGACUUUGUUUUCAGACGAUGCCUUCUGUUGAAUUCUAUUAUUAAGGGUCCAUGAUGAGCUGUAACUUCUCAAGAGGAAGAAACACAGUAGAAAACUAGAGCUGGAAGGACCUCGGUUGACCUGUCUGUGAUUUUCAAACUGUGGUCCAGAGAAUAGGGGAAGACUGGGCCAGACGCAGUGGCUCAUGCCUGUAAUGCCAGCACUUUGGGAGGCUGAGGUAGGCGGAUUGCUUGAGGUCAGGAGUUUGAAACCAGCCUGGCCAAUAUGGUGAAACCCUGUCUCUACUAAAAAUACAAGAAUUAGGCUAGGCGUGGUGGCUCACGCCUGUAAUCCCAGCACUUUGGGAGGCCAAGGUGGGCGGAUCUUCUGAGGUCAGGAGUUCAAGACCAGCCUGGCCAACAUGGUGAAACCCCAUCUCAUACAAAAAUUAGCUGGGCGUGGUGGUGCAUGCCUGUAAACCCAGCUACUUGAGAGGCUGAGGCAGGAGAACCACUUGAGCCUGGGAGGUGGAGGUUGCAGUGAACCAAGAUCAUGCCACUUCACUCCAACCUGGGCAACAGAGUGAGACUCCGUCUCAAAAAAAAAAAAAAAAGAAAGAAAGAAUAAAACUUAGCCAGCCGUGAUGACAGGUGUCUGUAAUCCCAGCUACUCAGGAGGCUGAGAUAGGAGAAUUGCUUGAACCUGGGAGGCAGAGGUUGCAGUGAGCCAAGAUUGUGGACUGCACUACAGCCUAGGUGAUAGAGCAAGACUCCAUCUCAAAAAAAAAAAAAAAAAAAAAAAAAGAGAGAGAGAGAAUAGGGGGAGACUAAGCAGGAAGGCUGUGUCUCCCUUCCCCACACUGUGUUCCAACCAGAUAGCUCCCUUUUAUUUUAUAUGUUGGGCUAAUAUGAAAAACAAUUCUGCUAGUAAAAAAAAAAUUUUUUAGAAGUUUGAAAACUAGUGAUUUCACCCAAGUUCCUCAUUUUACAGGUGGGGAAACUAAGGCCCAGAGAGAAGCAGGUGAUACUUGUUUCAUGGCAGGGCUGGGCUGAGAUCCUGCUUUUCCGGGUCUGUCUUUUUGUUGUUUUGGGUCUGAUGCAGUUCUCAGCCCACAGAGUAGAAAUCUGUUGCUUCUGGCCUCAACUGUGCCCCAGCUUACUCAGUGACCUCUUGCAAGUCCUGCCCUCUCUGGUCUCAGUUUCUUCAUCUGAACAAGGAGUACCCUGGAACAAGCUGCUGUCUGCAGGAUCUGCCACCUGAAACCCUGACCUAAGGGAAAACUACCUAUGGGGUGAUCUGGGUUUGCUGCAGAAACUAACAGACACUGGCAAGGGGCCAGGGGCAUUCAACCCAAUUCUACAACACAGGCAGGAGGUCCAAACCAACCUUUCCAACCAGAAACCAGCCUGAUGUGGGUAGAUGCUGUCCCUUAUGGAGGGAUGCAGACUUCAGAGCUGUGCCCAUGACUGCUGACUGCCACCACCAAGGCCCUCAGGUACACAGCCUGCCUCCUGCAGGAUGAUGUGGGCAGAUUUCAGCCCUAGUUAACAGAAGAGUGCCCCAGGAGGUAGGGGGCCCCCAUCCCUGGAGGCAUGCCAGUAGAGCCUCUGGCCACCUAACCAGGAGGACUUCUGAAAUGACUCUACGAGGUAAAGAAGUAAGACCAGAUGGUCCCAAAGUUCCCUUCUAGCCUGAAAGCUUUUAUUUGUCCCUCCUUAGUGAAUCUGUGUUCCGAGCCCUACUCUAAAGUUCAGUGGUCAAUACGAUAGUCCACCAAGAGACUGGGAAUGAUUAGAAGUGAAAUUGGUCCAUCCUUACCAAGGAGGGGCAGAUGAUCUCCAUUGCACAGGGCGAUUAGAUUCUGGAGCUGAGAUGGGGACUGCAGGAGGCCAUCCAGCCUGGUAGGUUUCAACCCAAGCUGUGUACAUUAGAAUCCCCUUGGGAGCGUGCAGGAAAUACAGAUGCCCAGGCCACAUUCCAGACCAACUGAAGCUGAAUCUCCAGAGUAGGGCCUGUAUGUUCAUAUACGCUCCACAGGUGAUCUGCAGUACAGUGAGGAUGGAAGACUGCAUGUGUACCUAUUUCAAGAUGAAGAGGACAGCAAGCUCCAGAUAGGAGCUGGGACUCAACCCAGAUCUCUUAAGUCCUGGCUGGUGGCUCCUUAAAAGUCUAGAAGUGUUGUCCCAAGCCCUCCCUCAACAUCUCUGGGAACCGCAGCUGCAGCACAAUGGGGGUUCAGCGCCCCUGUUUGCCCCUUCCUUAGCCAUGGUUUAUUCUGCUUGUCUGUCUGCACAGGCCAGAUGCUCAUGUUCCUUGUCUUAUUCUCCAUUUACUCAGUCACUGGGGCUCACUCCCGUCUGAUGCGCCAGCCAAGAUUGCCUUAGUGUGCUCCAGAACAGAAGGCCAAAUCCCAGGCAUUGCCACGGCAGCAGAGCUCUACAGGAUAGGCUUACCUCUCCCACCUGUGUGGCUAGCACCACAGUUUACAAACUCCUCCCACCUCCACUCACUGACACAUGCUAUUCUAACACAGGUUAGGCAGGUAUUCCAAGCCCCAUGUUCAGAAUCAAAGACCUAGCCUCAGAGAAGUGAAGAAACAUCAUGCCAAGGUCGCUGACUGCCAAGCGGUAGAGGUGGGGUUGCAUCCAGAGAGCUUCCUGGUAUGCCUCUGCACAGCGCCAUUCCUUGGCCAGCUCUCUCCACCCCAGAGGACCCAGACUGCACACUUAAAAACAGGACACAGGUGUCUUUGAACAAACUUUUUUUUUAAUUUUUACAUCUAGAAUAAAUUAUUUAAAUUAUUUCACAGCAAGGGAGAGGGAUAGGUAAUUUUUAUCAGAUAUUUUUUUAAACCAUCUGUUUUUUAAAUUACGUUUUUGUUUAUGUUCUUGAGCUGAGGUAGUGGAACUCGCCCAGCGCAUUCAGGGCCCAGCCAGUUGGCAGAGCAUGCCCUCAUCUCCUUAUUCCAUACCCCGGGCGUCCCCUUUCUGUUGACUCAGGAACUUUCUGAGAAUGAGGACAGCACUAGGAGAUGAGCUUUGGCGGGUAUCCAUCUUACUGCUACCGUAAUUGUGCUUCCUGGAACAAAACUUGAGAUUGUAUCAGAGAAGGAAACAGGAAGUCAGAAAUCAAAUCUAUGCUUUUAAUUGAAACCGUGCCUGAAACAGUUUGAAUGAUUGUUUUAAUGUUGUUUCUGAAAUUCCUUGUACCUUUGUGAAAAAUAAUAAUAAUAAAUAAAAGUGAAAAUAAAUAGAUGUGGAAUGUGCGAUGGAAAUAAUGUCACAAAAUAAUAAACAUCUGGCCAGACAUUUUACUACAA